ACCAGGUGUCCGAAACUCACAUCACACCAUCCUAACAACUCACAAUCCUGCUAAUGGCUCUUUCUGUGUUUCCUCGAGUCUUGGGUCUCUGUGUUCUGCUGCUGUCGUCGGGUCGCUGUGGUCCGAUUCCCCGAGCUGUGGAUAGUGUGGACAUGCAGGAGGUUCUGGGGCAGUUCCUCCACAUGCUGAACCUUACGGACCCGGGGCCCGGAUUGAAGCCGCGCUCCAGCCGCACCAAACCUCCCGAGUACAUGCUGGAACUUUACAACCGGUUCGCCACCGAGCGCAGCGCCACGCCGUCCGCCAACAUCGUGAGGAGCUUCCGGAACGAAGACCACACCUCGAGCAAGAGCCUGCGAACACACCGACUCCUGUUCAACCUCUCCGUGCCGCAACAGGAGCGCGUGGUCAGCGCCGAGCUGCGUCUGCACACACUCCUCGCCAGAGACUCGACCCAGCACGUCGGGUCCGGGUGGAAGGUGAGCGUAUUCGACACGCACCGGGGCGCACGCUACGACACAGGUGAGAGAGAUCCGCUGGCGUCGAGGCACGUUCACCGUGAGGACAGCGGGUGGGAAGUCUUUGACAUGACGAACGCUGUUCAACAUUGGCGAAAGCUCAACAUCGUGACCCCCAGGCUGGAGGUUCACGUUGAAAACCUGAACGCGUUUAGGAAUGCGAACGUAGACCUGUACAUCGACAAGAACCCCGAUGGACAACACGAGCCGGUGCUGAUCGUCUUCUCAGAUGACCAAAACGAACGUCGUAUGAUGGAGGAGGACAACGAACUGAGGACAGAUGAAGAGCAGGUGCGCUUAAACAACGGCGUCUCCAGAGUCCGGCGCGGCGCUGACGCGGAAGACUGCAAGAGAGCCGAGAUGUACGUGGAUUUUAAGGAUAUCCAUUGGGACUCGUUCGUCUUGGCGCCGUCUGGUUAUCAGGCGUUCACUUGUCGUGGCGUGUGCAACUAUCCUCUCGCUCGCGAAGUGACGCCCACCACACACGCCAUCAUCCAAACGCUGCUCAACUUUAAGAGUCCUCAGAGGGCCUCGAAAGCCUGCUGUGUGCCGACCGAGUUAAAGCCCAUAUCCCUCCUGUAUGAGAACGAGAACGGCGUCGUGGUUUUAAAUAAUAAAUACGAAGGAAUGGUGGUCAAGGAAUGCGGAUGCAGAUAGUCCGAGAAAGACUGUUUUCAUUUUAUUUAGGCCUCAUGUAUAUUUACUUGUUGUAAAUGACUCCGUUUUCUAUUGCACAUCCUACUUGUAAUAUACAACACACUGCUAAUCAUUUGUCACUUAUAAUGAGAGAAGUUCAAACUAAAUAGAGACUUUACACGCAAAACAUUUUUUGGUUUUUCAUGCAUUGAGUUUUGAGAUUUUGGACUGUUUAGCUUUUCAUAACGCGUUCUUUCAGACUAGUUGAAGAAAGUAUCCAAAAUACAUUUUUAAGUGUUUAUUUCAUUUCGCGUUUCAAUUCCAAUGCAAACCUUAAUAUUUCAACAAAACUAAACAAUUUUGAGAAAAUUGGACAAAAUUUGCUUAAUGUUCCGGAAAUGUAUGCAAAUGAAAACAUAUUUAAUUAAUAAUACUAAUAACUCUUACAAAAAUAAACAAUUUUGACAAAGUUGAACAAAAUUUUCAACCCGGCUUUAUCCAAUGUUCUGGAAAUGUAUGCAAAUUAAGGAAUAUUUAAUUACCUACAGUAAUGCCUCAUUUGCAUAUUCAAACAUAACAUUUCAGAAAACUUAAAAAAUAAAAUGUUUUUUCACAGUGAUGAACAGAAAUGGUCCUUCAAAGCACCUCUCAGUGAUCAGUUCUUUAAAACAACCAUUACACUCUAAAGAAUGCUUUUUAAUUACAUUGUUAACCCAGCCUUUGGGUUUGUCCAUAUUUGACCCAAAAUUGGGUUAAAACAAGCAUUUUUAGAGUGUAUUUUCUUAGUUUAAAGAACCUUUUUCCAACAAUACGGUUGUAUGGAUGUUAAAGGAACCAUCGAUGCCGAGAAAGAAGCUUUACUUUUAAGUGUGAGCAUCUAUUUAUAUCAGCUUAACUUCCGCCGCACACAAUCAAAUAACAUUGAUUGCAACCCAAACGUUCUUCCUGCGAGCGCGAGUGUUCUCUCGCCCCUGACGGCCGCAUGCCAUGCGAGCCACAAACACGUUCUCUUCCACAGCUGAGAUAAGGAGGUGUCAAAACCCGAGAAGUGUGCGACCCCUCACUCAGGAUGAGACCUCAUCCCAAGUGGUGUGUCGUUGGAGGCGAGAGCCGUCAGAUUCCUGAGCGCCAACAGCAACCGUUUCCAACGACUGGCCCUCUAAUGCUGGGAUGAGCUUCAACCCAGGGUCCAAUGACACUCUUAGAAGAAACAGUUCUAGAUGGAUCCUUUAAAGGAGUAGUUCACCCUAAAAUUAAAAUUA